AUGAACAACAUAGGAAGAAAUUUAGUCAACUUCAAAGGUUAUAAUUUUAGAUACAAUUUUGAUAAGGCCCGAAUAGAAAACGCAGACAACUUUGAAAUUAGAGAAGAUGAUGUUUUUGUAAUCACUUAUCCCAAAUCUGGUACCAUCUGGAUGCAGCAGAUUCUAAGCUUGAUUUACUUUGAGGGACAUCGGAACAGAACCGAAAAUGUGGACACAAUCGACAGAGUCCCCUUCUUUGAGUACAGUUACCGUGGAACGGACAUUGAAAACAGACCGUCCCCUCGUCUCUUUGCUUCCCAUCUUCCAUAUUAUUUAGCACCUAAAGGUCUGAAGAACAAAAAAGCUAAAGUUAUUUAUGUCUACAGAAAUCCUAAGGAUGUUUUGGUCUCAAUGCUUCAUUUUAUAAAUUUGAUAAAUCCACAUGAACCAAUAAACACUAUAGAACAUUUUCUGGAAAAGUUUCUGGAUGGAAAUGGGAAUUAUGAUAAUUUAUUAAGGAUUCCAGCAAGUCUUUGGUUUGAUCACAUUAGAGGCUGGUAUGAGCACAGGCAUGACUUCAAUAUUCUCUUCCAAAUGUAUGAGCAGAUGAAGAAGGAUCUCAGAGGUUCAGUGCUUCAGAUCAGCAGAUUUCUUGGGAAAGAACUGAGUGAAGAGGAUGUGGAUGAUAUCGUCAAUCAGGCUACAUUUGAAAACAUGAAGUCCAUUCCACAAGCAAACUAUGCUCAUGUUCUGUCACAGCUAAGAAUACCAAGCCACAAAGAAGGACUUCACAUGCGAAAAGGUACCAUUGGAGAUUGGAAACAUCACUUGACUGUGGCGCAGAAUGAAAAAUUUGACAGGAUGUUCCAGACAAAGAUGAAAGACUUCCCCUUGAAGUUCAUCUGGGAUAUAAAUGGAUAG